GCUGUUAGGGCCGACCCGGGCAGCGUGACAUCCGUGCGAGUGCGGGGACCUCGCAACGCGCGUGGGCUGCACGAUCGGGCUCCACCUUGGCCCUCAAGACGCACGGCCUCCGUGUCCUUGAGCGUGGGGCUGGCGGACGGGGACGCCGGCCCAUCCGCGCGCAUGCGCCGCCCGCUCAGGGUGGCCUGCCCCUGCGGGGUCAGAGGUCACGGGGAAGAUGCAGAGCCUGAGGGUACCCACGCUGCUGCGGGCCCUGACUCAGGCUGCGCACACAGGCCAUCCUGGCGGCCGUAGCCUCCACGGCAGCACAGUGGCAGCCACAUACAAGUAUGUCAACCUGCGUGAGCCCUCGAUGGACAUGAAGGCAGUGACUGACCGGGCGGCGCAGACCCUGCUGUGGACGGAGCUCGCCCGAGGCCUGGGCAUGACGCUGAGCUACCUGUUCCGGGAGCCGGCCACCAUCAACUACCCAUUUGAGAAGGGCCCGCUGAGCCCACGCUUCCGUGGGGAGCAUGCCCUGCGCCGGUACCCCUCCGGGGAGGAGCGCUGCAUCGCCUGCAAGCUCUGCGAGGCCAUCUGCCCGGCCCAGGCCAUCACCAUCGAGGCUGAGCCGCGGGCAGACGGCAGCCGCCGGACCACCCGCUACGACAUCGACAUGACUAAGUGCAUCUACUGCGGCUUCUGCCAGGAGGCCUGCCCCGUGGAUGCCAUCGUGGAGGGCCCCAACUUCGAGUUCUCCACGGAGACGCACGAGGAGCUGCUGUACAACAAGGAGAAGCUGCUCAACAACGGGGACAAGUGGGAGGCGGAGAUCGCCGCCAACAUCCAGGCCGACUACCUGUACCGGUGACGCGCGGCCGCCGCCAAUAAAGAGCUCCUGGUCCCAGU